CCAAAUCUAUUACACUAAAUAAUUAAAAGUGAUGAAGUGGAUGAAAUACUAUAGUGAAUAGCAAUCAAUGUAUUGAUAUGACACUAAAGUAAAGCACACAUUUUUACACUAUGUUCAAGAAUAAAGAACCAUGGUUUUAAAAAGUCGAAGCUUUUGGUCUGAAUCAGAGAUAAUGGCAUCUGUAUUUUGAUGGCCUAUCUGUAAAUGCUGUGGGUUUUAGCUAUAGAUACAGUUUCUUGUAUGUAUAUGUGGUUUGGUUGAUCUUGUUGAUCUUGAUGAUGAAGAAGUUGAUGGUGAGAUGGAGUGUGGUUUGGUUGAUCUUGUUGGUGCAUAUUUCUGCUAAUAUUGAAACCUUAGGACAAACUUACAAGAUCCGAACAACGAGCUCAAAACCUGGGACUCGAGCCAUCCCAACCCGUGCACUUGGUUUCACGUCAUCUGCAACAACGAUUUCAUUGUGGAAAGACUGUGAGAAUUUGUUCUGCCUACUACCCUUCGUUUGUGCUUGUCUGAGCGUUGGUCUAAUCUUGCUUCGUUCGACUCUGCCGUCAGUGAUCUAGGGAAUUUGGCUUUGUCUGGUCUGUUAGUCCCACAGCUCGGCCUAUUGAAGAAUUUGAAGUACUUGGAGUUGUACAACAACAACUUCAGCGGGGCAGUUCCCGAUGAUCUCGGAAAUCUGAGUAACUUGGAGAGUCUGGACCUGUACAUGAAUAAUUUCACCGGUCCCAUUCCUGAAAUGUUGGGGAGACUUUCCAAACUACGGCGCCUCCGGCUUAACAACAACAGCUUCACAGGUCCCAUCCCUAUGUCACUCACCAACCUCGCAUCCCUACAAGUGUUGGAUUUGUCGAAUAAUCGGCUUUCAGGUGUGGUUCCGGAUAACGGCUCCUUUUCAUUAUUCACGCCUAUUAGUUUUGAUAAUAACUUGAAACUGCGUGGCCUUGGAAUAGGACCACCAUGCCUUGGAUUGCCUGUGUUAUCUCCGUCCCCUCCGUAUGUUCCACAACCCCGAGGAGGAUAUAGUAUGACGGUGGUAGUCAUUGCUGGCGGAGUAUCGACUGGCGCUGCAAUUCUAUCAGCUGCACUAGCAAGCGCCAUUGCAUUGUGGUGUCGGAGCAGAAUACAAGAACUUUACUUCGAUGUACCAGAGGAAGAGGAUCCCGAAGUAUAUCUCGGACAGCUCAAGAGAUUCUCUCUCCGAGAGCUGCAAGUCGCAACCGACAAUUUCAGCAAGGAAAAUAUUGUGGGGACAGGCGGCUUCUCGAAGGUGUAUAGAGGACGUCUUGCCGAUGGCUCGCUCGUUGCUGUUAAGAGACUCAAGGAUGGGAGGACUCCCGGCGGAGAGCUUCAGUUUCAAUCGGAGGUCGAGAUGAUAAGUAAGGCCGCACACCGGAAUCUUCUUAGACUUUGUGGCUUUUGUAUGACUCUAACGGAACGGUUGCUCGUUUAUCCUUAUAUGGCUAAUGGGAGCGUUGCAUCACGUUUACGAGAACGUCAGCCUAAUGAGCCGCCGCUCAAUUGGCUGACUAGGAAGCACAUCGCUCUUGGUUCCGCACAAGGCCUGUCGUAUUUGCAUGAUCAUUGCGACCCGAAGAUCAUUCUUCGCGACGUCAAGGCAGCAAACAUCUUGCUAGAUGACGAGUUUGAGGCCGUUGUCGGAGAUUAUGGUAUGGUUAAACUUAUGAAUCAUAACGAUACCCACGUGACAACUUCUGUUUGUGGCACCAUGGGACAUAUCGCUCCAGAGUACAUAUCCACCGGAAAAUUAACAGAGAAAAUCGAUGUUUACGGAUACGGAAUUACGCUUCUUGAGCUGAUAACUGGACAGAAGGCUUUCGAUCUGGCUCGCUUUGCCAAGGACAAUGAUGUUUUGUUGCUAGAUUGGGUCAUUGGACUUCUAAAAGAGAAGAAGUUCGAACCCAUGGUCGAUCCCAAUAUGCAGAGCAUUUACAUCGAAUCAGAAGUCGAGCAGCUGAUCCAGAUCUCUGUCCUAUGCACACAAAGAUCCUCAAUGGACCGGCCUAAGAUGUCGGAAGUGGUGAGGAUGCUAAAAGGCGACGGGCUGCAGCUGGCCGAGAAAUGGGACGAAUGGCUCAAGGCCGAGGCCCAUAGGCAGGACGUCGAACUUGCUCCUCACCCGAUUAGAGCACUAACUCGACCGAAUAUUUACACAAGGUCGAGUUGUCCGUUCCAAGCUAAGAGCCCUUCAUAAUUUUAUUUUUUUGAAAUGAUUUGCAUAGUUUUAUAAUGGAUGCCCUUAGCUUAUUCAAAGAAAAAAUAACUAAAACAUGUUGACAAGUUAAUAGGUUGCAUGUACCCUACCUACUCUAUUGUGCGUU